UAGCAGGCGGCGGUAUCAGUCGCUGUUCGACGUUCGGCGCGUGAGGUCGCGAGUGAGAUACGUCACGGGUCGCGUCAAGGUUGCGCCGAAAAUUACGGGAACAGUGCCGAAAGAACGGAGAGAAGAACGACGAUGCGCGACGAGGCGUCGUGUUCGCGAGAUCGAGCCGUGCUGAGGCACGACUGAACGCCAGUGACACCUCCUCGCGAGCCAGCAGCCUGAAAAUACAUAUUACAUUAUAUCCUUCGACAUCGCUCGAGCGUGCUCGUCGGAGGCUAAUAGGCCGGGCCUGUCGGUAGGAAAAUGGCGGCGCAUCUUCCGCGACGGAGACGUCGCACGACGGCGACAGGCAUCUGAAGAGCCGCAUCUGACGAGGAAACGACCGGUUCUUCAAGGGAUCCCUCAUUUUCCCGGCGAGUCUUCGAUCUGUCAAACGAAGAAUCCUUAUCUGGACCAACGUCGCGAGGAGAGACGUGCGUGAUAAAAACAACAACGCUCUCGUGUAGAAAAACAGAAAGAGAGAGAGAAAGGACGUGAAGAGUGAAGUUGGCUGCGACUGAAGAAUCGAAAAGCCGAAGAAUCGAAUUUCGUUCGAUCCUCCGGAAGUGGCUCUUAUGCGAGUGCGCGCCGCGCGUCAGCGGCCCCGACAGUGGCAACAACCGCGGUGACAAGUGUCUCGUCGGCGGGGCGACGUCAUCUCCUCGCCACCGUCUCAUCUCCGCGAUCGCCGGAGGAUGAUACCGCGAUCGGUCGUCAUCGUCCGCGAGUCACGCGCGCGAACACCCGGUCGCGAUCGGCGUUGAGCCGCGACGAACGACAUCAUCGCCGGCGGUGGAUUCCUCGCGGAUCCGCGACGGCGGUCAGCAUCACGAUCAUCACGGCGGACUACCGGCUGCGGCGGAAGUUCAGGGAAGAUGAGGACGAGAAGCGUCCGCGACGGCGGCAUGGCGAGCUUCCUCGCCCUGGCUGUUCUCUUCUUGUUCCACGCGUCGUGCCCUGUGGAUGGAUACCUGAAGUGCUAUUGUGACAUUUGCCAAGAAACCAAUUACACGUGCGAAACUGAUGGCUAUUGUUUCGCCAGUACGAGCUUGGAAAAUGGCAUUAUCACGUAUGCUCGGAGGUGUUACAAUAAGACGAGCUUCUUUCCGGAUGCCAAAUUCUCGGUCUGGUGCACCAGUAUGCUGUCCAAUGAUGGCAUCGAAUGUUGUGAUCAUUCCGACUACUGCAAUCGCGAUCUAAGGCCUUCUUUUCCCACUCAGUCCAGAGGUCGGUCGUAUUCUAGCUUCGCAAGCCACCUCGAAGGAGUGCCGUCGAGCGGCGAUGACGCGACGUGGGUCACCUGGAAAAUGGCCUUGACGAUAGCACUGCCAAUAUGCGCGAUCUGCGUGAUCGUUAUGGUCAUCUAUCAUAUACACAUGACCAAAAAGAGACCGGCCAGACACUUCCCGGACGAUUCGCUGGAGGCCCCGGACCGGCCAAUUCUGGGCGGCGUCACCAUCAGGGACAUGUUGGAGAUGACUACGAGCGGCAGUGGCUCGGUAGGCCUGCCGCUUCUGGUACAGCGGAGCAUAGCGCGCCAGAUCCAGCUCGUGGAGACGAUCGGAAAGGGUCGUUUCGGCGAGGUUUGGCGCGGUCGUUGGCGCGGCGAGAAUGUCGCCGUGAAAAUCUUUAGCUCGCGAGAGGAGAGAUCCUGGUUUCGAGAAGCGGAGAUCUAUCAGACGGUGAUGUUGAGGCAUGACAACAUCCUAGGUUUCAUCGCUGCCGAUAAUAAAGAUAACGGUACAUGGACACAAUUGUGGCUGAUAACGGAUUAUCACGAGAAGGGUUCCCUCUUCGAUUACCUCAACAGAUCAACCGUCGACACGAACGGUAUGAUAAGGAUGGCCUUGUCGAUCGCUACCGGCUUGGCGCAUCUUCACAUGGAUAUAGUUGGCACGCAAGGCAAGCCGGCUAUCGCUCAUCGGGACCUGAAGUCAAAAAAUAUCCUUGUGAAGACUAAUGGUACCUGCGCCAUAGGCGACCUCGGAUUAGCCGUCAGGCACGACGUAAUCACGGAUACCGUCGACAUUCAGCUCAACAACAGAGUCGGCACGAAGCGAUACAUGGCGCCCGAGGUUCUUGAAGAGACGAUAAACAUGAACCACUUCGACUCGUUCAAGAGGGCCGACGUGUACGCGCUCGGCCUUAUCCUUUGGGAGAUCGCUAGGCGUUGCAACGUCGGCGGGAUUCACGAUGAGUAUCAGCUGCCCUUUUACGAUUUGGUGCCUUCCGAUCCAACUAUCGAGGAAAUGCGGAAAGUCGUGUGCAUAGACCGACAACGGCCGUCGAUACCAAAUCGAUGGCAGUCGAUCGAAGCACUGCAGGUAAUGUCAAAGGUAAUGAAGGAAUGUUGGUACCAUAACGCCGCCGCUAGGCUAACCGCACUCAGGAUCAAGAAAUCGCUCGCUAAUUACGGCGCAAUGGAGGACCUGAAAUAGAUUAAGCUUUUGCCGGAUUCUUCGACAGCUGCUAGAAAAUCGAUUGAUAUAUAUGCGCGAAAAAUUUUGAUUGGUAUAUUGCUAUCAAAAAAAUUCGAUGCAAUAGAACAGAACUUUUGGUAGCGUAAAUAGAUAUUCUUCGAAAAUCGUACGAAGAAAGACCGACUGUAAUUAUGGGAUUUCGUUAUGCGAGAUUAAUCCCGAGUUUCGAAUAAGAAUACUGUACGAGUAUAAUUGGUAUAAUCAUGUUGGGCUCUCUGCGGCAAGCUGUGAACAGAAAAAAUAAAAUGGAUUUUCAAGCGUGUUGAUCGAUUUGAACGACUGAUAGCGUACAAAUACUAAGAGAAAACAUGAUUAUUUUAAUUUUCCGAUGAUUAGUUACUCGAGCGAAUAGAUCGAUAGAAAAUCGCGUCGUUCGGUUAAUUGAACGAUUGUUCGGUUAUGCAUCGCACAAAUUUACAUGCGCAAACACACAUGCACACACACUCUGCUGCAUAUUUAUUACAAUAAUACUAAUG